UCUUGAAGCGGCUGGUGAAGAAUUCUGAAGGGUUGUUCUUUUUCCUUGGGAUAAUUCUUGUUAUUGUUUUAAAUAAUGGCGUCAAAUAUAGGGAUGAUGGAUAGUGCAUACUUUGUUGGGAGGAAUGAGAUUCUUUCAUGGAUCAACGCCAGGCUUCAGCUUAAUUUCACUCGUGUUGAAGAGGCUGCAUCUGGAGCUGUCCAAUGUCAGAUGAUGGACAUGACUUACCCAGGAGUUGUUCCAAUGCACAAGGUGAACUUCGACGCUAAGACUGAAUACGAUUUCAUCCAGAACUACAAAGUACUUCAGGAUGUUUUUAACAAACUCAAAAUCGACAAGCAUAUUGAGGUAAACAGACUUGUCAAAGGGCGACCAUUGGACAACUUGGAGUUCUUACAAUGGCUGAAGCGCUAUUGUGAUUCCGUUAACGGUGGCCUAAUGAACGAGAAUUACGACCCCGUGGAGCGCAGAACUAAAGGUGGAAAGGAGAGAAGCAUCAAGGGUUCUCAGAAGAACCACAAGUCAUUACAAACAAACAACUCCGUCAAUUCCAGCUCAUCUGAAGGAGAUUAUACGGUUCUUAGAAGAUGUACAAGCGCCAAACAAGGGAAGUCAGGUGUCCCUUCAGCUGUCAAUCCUUCAUUGGAGAUUAAAGCAUUGACAAAGGAGGUUUCGGAUCUCAAGCUUUCUGUCGAAGGCCUGGAAAAGGAACGAGACUUUUACUAUGAAAAAUUACGUGACAUAGAAAUACUUUGUCAGUCGCCUGAGGUAGAAGAUAAUCCGAUUGUUGUGGAAGUCAAGAAAAUAUUAUAUGCUGCAGACGAGGAGGAGACCGCUCAAUCUAUCGGUGUAUGAAAAAUCGAAUUCUCUGAUGAAUCACUGAAUACUAACUGAAAUCAGCAUUGGCGAGCUACCUUGUAUUCGAUCAAUAUAACUAAGUAAAUAUGUUAAUAUUUGGGAAUUGUAUUGUGAAAAACUGUACAACAAUUUGUUCUAUUAUGAGAACUUUUGGAACUUCUGGAAAAUGUAUAAACUCAGAUGUGCUGCAGUUUCAGACAGUCUUGUUUAUGUUUUUCUUUCUCUC